CAAACUUACCCACCAAAACAAAUGAAAUGAGAUUGCAUUUGUCGUAUUCUCAAUCACGCACUACUAUUCAGUCCAACCUUGUAUAUAUAAAAGGGGCAUUGAUCCUACAAAUAAAACUUGGCAACUCCUCAAAAACUAACUACUUGCAUCUCUCCUUAGCUUCCGUUUUGUAACUUUUAAGGGUGUUUAAAAUGGGUGUGCUAGGGAAGAUGCAAGUUGACAUUGACAUUAAGACAUCUGGAGACAAGUUCUUUAGAUUAAUAGCCAGCAAACCAUACUAUACCUCCAACAUCACCCCUCAGAGAAUUCAGUGUUGCGAACUGCUUGAGGGUAAAUUUGGGCAGCCUGGUUCUAUAUUGUUAUGGAUUUACACCAUCGCUGAUGGAAAAAUGCGUUACGCCAAGACCGUUGUUGAUAUAGAUGAGGAGAACAAGUUAGUGAGUCUCAAAGUCCUUGAAGGAUCACUUUUGGAAGAGUAUAAAAGUUAUACAUUAAUUAUUCAGGCUCUGACAAAAGGGACAAUGACAACAGCAAAGUGGGUUGCAGAGUUUGAAAGGUUUGAUGAUUAUGGGCCUUAUCCAAAAGACCACAUGGACUUCUACAUUGGAGUAACAAGAGAUAUUGAUGCUUAUUAUCUCAAGGAUUAAUGAACUUAGAAUGAGGAUAGUGAAAUCCUCUAUAUCACUAUGUGUUCCAUUAUAUAGUACAACAUAUUAUACAUGUUACAAUAUUUUUCUGGUGUGAUGUUUUGUAUGCAAAGUAUAAUAAACACACUUAUGGGGGGGUGUUUGAAAUUAAAUAUGUCUUGUAUCCUAUGGGGUGUAUAUGUGAUGUGCACGAGUGGCUUCCCUAUAACAAAUCCUAGUUUUGUUAGGAUUUCUUAUGUAAUUUCCUAAUUAUGUUAAUAAACUAUAUAUAAUCUAGUAGCUUUAUUUGCAUUA